CCAUUCAAGAGGAACACUGCAGGAUUAUCCUUUGCAUGAGCUCCAGACGCACUCCACAACCAAGACCGCAUUAGAAACAAGUGCUGAACUAGAACAUUAGAGGCCAGUAAUAUCACGACCGGACCUGUGUAAUCAUAUCUGGAUUAUUUUACUCUUAAAAGUUCCUUCCAUUGUUUGUGAAUGGGUUCACCGGUGUUCUUGAGGAAGUCCUCUUUUCUGCAGACGUGUUCAGUCUUGCCUCCCAGCACCCAGCACCAUGUCUGGCUCUUACGAUGAAUCCGCUGUCACUGAUGAGGCCAUGGACAGCUUUUGGGAGGUGGGAAAUUAUAAGCGUGCUGUCAAGAGAAUUGACGACGGCCAUCGACUCUGCAAUGAUCUUAUGAACUGCCUUCAGGAGCGUGCCAAGCUCGAGAAGUCCUACAGCCAGCAGCUCACUGAAUGGUCCAAAAGAUGGAGGCAACUGAUCGAGAAAGGGCCUCAGUACGGCUCUGUGGAGCGGGCCUGGUUAGCCAUGAUGACAGAAGCCGAUAAGGUGAGUGAACUUCAUCAGGAGGUGAAGAACGGUCUGAUGAACGAGGACAUCGAGAAGGUGAAGAACUGGCAGAAAGACUCGUACCACAGACAGAUUAUUGGUGGCUUCAAGGAAACCAAAGAGGCAGAAGAGGGCUUCAAGAAAGCACAGAAACCCUGGGCCAAGAAACUCAAAGAGAUGGAGACGGCAAAGAAGACCUAUCACAUGGCAUGUAAAGAGGAGAAACUGGCUGCAGCCCGUGAGGCAGAUGCAUCUGUGACUCCUGACCAGCAGAAGAAACUCCACGAGAAGACAGAGAAAUGCAAACAGGACAUGCAGAAGGCGAAGGAGAAGUACGAGAAGUCUCUGGAUGAGUUGUCGAAGUGCACACCACAGUACAUGGAGUCCAUGGAGCUGGUGUUUGACCAAUGCCAGCAGCACGAGGUCAAACGACUGACCUUCCUCAAAGAGGUUCUCCUGGACAUCAAACGUCACCUAAACCUCACGGAGAACCAAAACUAUGCGUCAGUGUACCGUGAGUUUGAACGCACCAUUCUGGCUGCCAACACACAAGAGGAUCUCCAGUGGUUCAGUAAUAAUCACGGUCCUGGCAUGCAUAUGAACUGGCCCCAGUUUGAGGAAUAUAAUCCAGAAGCCACCAAUGCUGUUGCCAAGAGAGAAAAGAAGAAGCCAGAUGGAGUCGCUCCUGCUACUCCGAACACAGAGCAUGCAGGCCAACCAGGAGACCGCGGCAGUGUGAGCAGCUAUGAGAAGAACCAGGCGUACUCCACAGAAUGGUCAGAUGACGAGCAGCCCGCGGGGUACUCGGGGAACGAGACCAACGGCGGAGGGAACUCUUUCGAGGAAGACUCGAGCAGCAGAGGAGGAGUGCGGGUCCGAGCCCUCUACGACUACGAAGGCCAAGAGCAGGAUGAGCUAAGCUUCAAAGCAGGGGAUGAAUUAACAAAGAUCGAAGAGGAAGAUGACCAGGGCUGGUGCAGAGGCCGUCUGGACAGUGGCCGGACAGGCUUAUACCCGGCCAAUUAUGUUGAGGAAAUCUGAUCACCUGACUAGAGGACAAGACACCUUUGGAGGCAGCUCUGAUUGUCUGAUCGAACGACAUGGCAAAAGAGACUUAACAUGAAGGACUUUCCCUGAAGAUGUGCAAUGCAGUCUUGUUUAAAAUAAAAAUAGAAACAAAUUCUUAGUAAAGAUAGCCACACCAUAUAUAUUGAUCUGGGAGGAGGGGAAGAGCUUGCUCACUACUAAUAUCUAUUUGCAAAUAUUUAAAAAGCAUAUACAUGGGUGUAAACGAGCAGAUGUGAACAAAUAAAUGACCCAUCAGUUAUGCAAGUGCAGGCUACACAUUAUUGGUGCAGAUUACAUGUUAUUUGAAAUUAUAUUACAGACAUUAGCAUAAAAUCCAACUGCACAGAUAUUCACGUGGCUACUCUGCUGUAUUUUAGUAUAAAGAGUCAGUGUGCAGAAAAUGACUCACAAUGGGCUAUUGGGCUUUCCUCUUUCUCACCAUCAGUCCAUGCUUUGUUGCGCUGAUUAUUAUAUUAGGUAUCGUUCUCUUGAUGUCUGUGUCUGAAUGCAUAGCAGCAUGCGCUUCUUCAGGCCGUCUGUACUGUAUGCAGUUCCCACAGUGACCACAGAGGUCAACCUGGAAAAUCUCAGGCUACGUUCAGAACAAAAUACUACAUUAACAGUAGUAUUGAUACUGCAUACUGUUUUUAAAGAUAGUAUGUUAAACAGUAUGUAUUAUGUAUGUAUGCAGUAUGCGGUAGACCUUAGUCAGGGUGGUGCCAUAUUCAAUUUUUGACAGGAAUGAAUUUGAAACUAUGAGGGACUGACAGUCACAGUGUGUUCAGUGGAUUGUACUGCUUCUCCAGCUGAGGAAACAUCUUUAUGGAAAACAAAUGGUUUGAAAGUUGUGUCUUGUCAAAAAAAAAAAAAAAAAAAAAAAAAAUGCAUGAUCUAGGACCUUUACACAGUGCGUGUCAUGGUAAAGACUGUAAAUCUCUCCCUCACAGCCUCUUUUCCAUCCGUGUGAAAUUGAACAUGGCUUCUAACCUCACUAAAAUCUAUUAUUGCAUGUACGUCGCAUCCAGGUAUCAUCACACAGUACAAUUGUCUUAAAAUUUGAUUGAAUAUUGUGUAAAAAUGUCUCAUUAUUGGAUGACACCAAAAUAUUAUUUUUUAAACAAGAAUAAUUUUUAUUCAUCACACACCGCACCAUGGGAUCUACACUAUGUUGUAAAUAAGCAAAAUCAUCUGGGUAUUCCAUGCACUGUACCCAGAAAGCAUCUAAAUACUGCAUAGUAUGUAAACGUGAUGUUCUGAACAUAUCCACAGCUGUCCAACUGGCCAAUCGUUGUCAUCCCAUGUUUGUCAAAGUCAUGUGUUGUUCUCAGUUUCUCCAAGAAUGUCUUGUAUAAGCAUCGUCUUUAUUUGGCAUCCCUUCAUUGUCACCUCUUCAUACCAAAUCAAGGUUCUUCAGAUGGACACGAAUGUGUCCUAUGCAUGAUUUGGGCUACUUAUGCACAGCAGAUUGAACAGAAAAAAUCUGUGAGUGAAUUUCACACCUGAUACACCGCAUGCAUCAAAAGUUCAAAAUGUUGUUGUAUUAAAAUGAUUCCCUGUUGUUUCAUGGCCUGUUAACUAACAUGCUAUGAUUUUGCAUCAAGACUAUAAGUUUUAAAACAUAAUAAAAUCGUUUUAAUGCUAACUGAAAUAAAAGAAACACGGCACCAAACUAUGAUUUGCAGGUAAUAUACAGUACAGUGGGCCAGAAAGUAUUUGGACACUUUAAGGGAAAGUUCAGCCAAAAAUGAAAAUCUGGCAUCAUUUACUCAAUCUCAAGUUGUUCGAAACCAAUAUGAGUUUCUUUCUUCUGUUGAAUACAAAAGAAGAUAUUUUAAAGAAUGUUGGUAACCAAACAGAAGCUAGUAGUUAUUGACUUCCUUGAAAUUCAGUGGUUGCUGUCAGUUUUCAAAAUAUAUUCUUUAGUGCUCAACAGAAAAAAAAGAUGAAAUUUCAUUUCAUUUCAAUUUUAACUAUAUCCCUAUAAACCACUCAUUGGAUUGCAUUGAAUUACAAAAUAUCACACCACUUGACAGAAAGACAGCACAUGCACACUUAAAAAAAAAAAAAAAAAAAAAACAUAAAACAGUUUUAGGUUUUAAAUGAAAAAUAGCUGAAAUCGUAUGGAGGAUUUAGAAAUGUUUACUGUCUAAGCUGUUUAUACAGAUUUAAGUGAGACUCCAAUUUUAUUAUUAGUCACCUGCAAGCUGAACUCUACGACCGUUAGAUACAAUUUUGAUAAUGCAAGAAGUUCUGCUCACGUGCCUGUUUUUCUUCUUUUUUUUUCAGAUUGCAUUACUGAAAGCAUAAAAAUAAGUGGAGUUGUGCAUCAUUCAUGGAGUUUCAGUGUGGAACUGAAAAAAAUUAAUAAACAGGAUGUGACAUAAGUAACACAUUAAGAGGAAAGACCCCCCAGCAGCUUUGUGAUUUGUCUGAAACUGUUCAGUCUAGGAAAAAAAUAACUUGCAUUGAUAAAAUAUUCUGUAACGUACACAAAAAGAAUUACGGAUGGGUACACUCGUCAGGGUCUUAUUGGGGAGUAUCCUCUUUAUUAUAUUCAGUGUGUAUAAGUUGUGUUUCUCUAUAGAAAAUAAAAAUGUAGUGUUAUAAUAGUAAAUGUUGAGUAACAAAAGAUGAACACUUUGAAAAAAUAACACUUUAAUGCUCUAUAGGUACCAUAUCGUAUUAAUUUGAUUUUGGAUGCAAUUAAAUCAUUAUGUACCAUACCUGUAUAAAUGCGUGUGGGUCCACGCUGUCAUAUUUGUAUAUGAUGAUGUAAUUUAUUAAGAUUAUAUUCUUACUGUAACUGUAAAACUGUGUUGAGUAGAAACAAACACCUACAUUGAGACAGUAAAGAGCUGUGUAAUGUAAAUGCUAUUUUUGAUGUUGAUUUGUACUUUAUUCAAACGAAGGGAUGAAGGUUUAUGUUGUGAACAUUUCUCUUGCAGUGUAGAGGACAUGUGUGUGUUCAUAGUUAGUUGAUGUAAAUCGACCUCCUUGCUGGUGUAGUGCCUCCUCAUCUAUAACAUAAUGUUCAUUUAUAUAUGCAUAAAGUUAAUGAUGAUGAACAUGAUGAUCAAAAUAAUGUCAAAAACCUGA